AGCAUUACUGCAUUAGUAUCACAUGAUCACUUGUCAUUGAGCUUUAGCCCGCGGUCUGGCUUUCAACGGUUUCGUCUCCUAGCUCGACGGUAUUUUUCUACGAUCGAGAAAAACUCGGAUACUUCAGAAUACCUCCUACAAUGGGAAAAUACCAGAUUAAGAUUGGAAUAAUCGCUGGAUCAGGGCUGGAAGACCUCGCCAAGCACCUCCUAGUAGACUCCACCCCAAUAGAAAAAGAACAAGUUCAAAAUGAUUUCGGUGUGCCAAGCGGCACGAUUCACCUUGGAAGCAUUUCAGGAAUACCAGUGGCCUUGCUAUCUAGACAUGGGCCGGGUCACAGAGUGAAUCCGACGAACGUCAAUUACCGUGCGAAUCUAGAGGCUUUGAAAUCACUGGGAUGCACCCAUAUAUUGGCAUCGACGGCCUGUGGAUCUCUGUCCGAGUCCAUCGGCCGUGGGCAAUUGGUCAUCCCCGAUAGCUUCAUAGAUCGCACUAACAGCCGAAAGGGAACUUUCUUCGAUGGAACUUCAUCCAAGUACCCGGGCGUCUGUCACGUCCCGAUGGAGCCAGCCUUCCACCCAGCGACCGCCGAAGCUCUGGCCCGAGCGACGAAAGAUCUGGGUCUGAAUGUGAAGAGGGGAGGGACCAUUGUCGCCAUCGAAGGACCAAGAUUCUCCUCCAAGGCAGAGAGCAAAGCUUGGCGGUUGUGGGGCGGUGAUCUCAUCAAUAUGACUACCUGCCCUGAGGUAUGCCUCGCGAAAGAAGCUGGCCUUCUGUACGCAGCCAUUGCGAUGGCAACCGACUAUGACUGUUGGUCUGAAUCCGAGGAACAUGUUUGUGUAGCUGACGUGAUGGAAGUUUUCAAGAAAAACGUCGUCAAAGUGACUGAAGUGAUAGCCCAAGCUGUUGAGAUUAUUGGGAACAUGGAGUGGGAUCAACAUAUCGAUGAUUUAAAGGAUUUGAUCAAGAGUGGGAAUGUCUCAGCAAAGGACUGAAAUCAACUAUUUAUUACCGAAUUCUUCAUCCACUUCAGGACAAUUCUCGUCUUUUUAUCAAUCAGUUUCGACAAUCAGUAUUGCUUUCAUUCCGAAGCCAUCUCGAAUCAAUAACCCAUGCUCGUGUUAUAUCCAAAAUAUCAUUGCUCUAAAAUAACCAAACAUUAAACGACUCUCAGUAUUCCCAACGCUGAAGGAAUGCUGCAUCAGGACACAGUGCAUCGCUCCCGCAAAUUUCAACGCGUUCAACGACCGAUUUU